UUCACUCAUCACUCAACAGCUUCUGCAGAAGCCGCUCACGCCUAGCACGCUAAAGGCCAUUAGCCCCUAAGCUUAGGUCUUGAGCUUGUACGUUUCAGCUCUUCCUCCAGCUCUUGCCGCUAGUGUUUCUUUCCCAUCAUUAGUCCCCAAGCUUAGGUCUUGCCGCUAGUGUCAAGCGCCGCCAUGGACGACGAGGAGCCCGAUCGCUUAGGAGGUCGCACCUCGUCGCUCACGCAUAAAGUCACUUCCACCGCUUCCGCCGCCGCUGCAGCCGCCGCCGCCGCCGCUCGCGGAGCCACGCAGUCCCUCUCCGCCGGCGAAGGCCGCUUCUCCAAGCGCGCCGGAACGGUGGGAAGCGGAAGGUCCGCGGAAGCUUCGGAUGCGACGAGCUCCAUGCGACGAACUGCGACGGGCAGCGCGCUGGCGUCGAAAAUCGCACAGCCGCAGCAGGCGGCGAAGAACCUCGUGAAAGUUUUCGCCAAGGCCAAGGGCGGCGUAGGGAAGCGCAUUGCGCGCGCGCAAACGGCUGUCCGCGCGCGCACGGGGAUUGGACGGCGGGGCGGAGCGCAGGACGGGGAUGGGGGGGAGGAUGAGGACGAGGAGGAGGAGGAGGACGACGACGAUGAGUCGGAGGCGGAGGACUCGGACGCCGAGGGCGGAGUGGGGUCGUCCGACGAUGAAGAGAAGCCCAAGGAGGGCCCGCCCAAGGCGGGGAAGUUUCUGCGCAGCUUGCCGUCGCGGCGCAUGUCGAUUUAUAACGCGGAUGGGUUCAUGAUGGACGACGAGGAUGCGUCGGAGUGGAACAUGGUCAACGAAGAUGUGCUGGUGCGCAAGGUGCGGGAGCUGCGGGAGUUGCGAGGAGACUUCGCAUCGGCCACGAAUGCGCCCGCCACCAAAUCCGCUCUCGAGGGCCUUGGGCUGUCGGAGCUCAACGACCCCCUCGGAUACGGGCCCCUGAACCGCGUGAAGGUGUGUCUCGCCAUCAACGCCUCCACCAUCCCCGUUCCGGACGACAGGAGCAUGGCCGAAAAAGUCAUUGUGUUCGGCCCCAAGUUCAGCUCGCCGUUCUACCUGGGGCGCGUGCACGACGACACGUCCAUUGAGGAGCUGCGGGCGGGCAUGGCGACGCUGGGCGCGGACAUGGAGAACCAGCAGCAGCAGCUCAAGACGCUCGUCAAAGAGAACUUCGACUCCUUCGUCUCCUGCAAAUCCACCAUCGAAGACAUCCAGAAGAAGGUGCGCGAGAUGGAGAGCCGCAGCGACAGUGGCACGGAGGAGAUUCUGGUGGCCACCCGCAACGUGCACGAGAUGGCGCAGGCCGCCUUCGGCCCGCUGCUCGAGCGACAGAAGCAAGUGGACCGCAUUCGCUCGGUGCAGGGGCUGCUGCUGCGCUUCCGCACGCUCUUCAACCUGCCAGCUGUCAUGCGCGCAUUCGUCCAGCAUGGCGAGUACGACCGUGCUGUCCACGAGUACCUCAAGGCCAAGUCCAUCUCGCUGCCCGCACACUCCAACAUCCUGCGGCGGGUGAUGGCGGAGGUGCACAAGGUGGUGGCGGAGUUCCACGAGGUGCUGUACUCCAAGAUGGACGACCCUAAUGCUGACCAGGCGCAGGUAGAGAACGCCAUCCGGCUGUUGUUAGAGCUGGAGCCGGACAGCGACCCCAUCUGGCACCACGUGACCAUGCAGGACCGGCGCAUCCGCGGGCUGCUGGAAGCGUGCGUGCAGCAGCACGAGAGCCGGAUAGCGACACUCAAGAAGGAGCAGCACGAGAAGCGCGAGGCCGAGGCCCGGUGGCGGCAGAUACAGCAGGAGUCCAACGAGGGGGAGGACGUGGACCUGUCUCUGCUGCUGGGCCAGCCAGUGGCGGACGACUCGUCGGACGGGCUGAUGGACGGGGAGGCGUUUGACGAGGCGCACACGCGGCUCAUCCUGCGCCUCACCGCCAUCCUCAAGCUGCACGUGCCGCGCUUCUGGCGCCUCACACGCUCCAUCUUCUCGGGGAAGUUCGCCAGCUUUGCCACCUCGAAAGACGGCACGGGCACGGGCCAGGCACGGAGUCAGGGGGGGUGGCGGGGGCGGGGAGGGGAGGAGGGGACGCGGUACACGAAGCACUCGGAGGAUGAGGUGCUGCUCAUGGUGCUGGGCAUGAUGGGCGUGUAUGAGACCAAGGUCCAAGCCGCCUUCACCCAGCUGGAGGGAGCCAGCACCCUGCGCCCGCACAUGCGCCGGGCAGUGGAGGAGGUGGCAGCAGCCUGUGCUGCUCUCGCUGUCGGCGACAAUGCCCCGCCGCAAGCAGUGCAAGCGCUGCACCAGCUACGAGUGGAGAUAACAUCUCGCUUCGUGAGCCGUGUGUGUCUGCUCACGCGCGGCAUAGCAGCGGAGCUGGUGGCGGAUGAGGACUGGCGCCCCGUGCCGUCAGCGCUGCGCAUGGGGUCGCCCUUUGCCAUUUCCUCCUUCCCCUUGCGGCUCAGAGACCGCCUGGCUAACGCGUUCGAGCACGUCACAGCGGUGCUGAACGACAUGGCGGACGAGGAAGAGCUGAUCCCCCCCAACGCACGGCAGCUGCCCGGGUUCCCGACAGCGGAUGAGGUGGAGGAGGCCAUCCGCCUCAUGUACGAGUCCGUCAAGAAGACGUUCGCCGACGCCUUCCAAGACGCCUGUGAUGCGCUGACGAAGCUCUCUCAAACAGCCAUCACCACCACUGCUCCUGACGCUGCUGCCGCCAGCGGCAACACCGAGGGAGCUGGGGAGGGGGGAAAGCAGGAGGGAGGGGAGGGGGCUGCUGCUCCGGCUGCUCCUGCUGCCGCUGUGCCGUCUGCCAACCCGGAUGACAUCCCUGCCGAGCCCUAUGUGGGGCUCAAGGUGGGGGAGGAGCUGACGACGGCGGACCAGCGCCUGCUCAUGCUGCUCAGCAACUGCGGCUUCUGUCGCUCUGUGCUCGCUCCCUACCUCGCUGACAAAUUCACAUCCCUCUGGCUCAACCCCUACAGCGUUGAGCUGGAGAUGGUGAGCGCCACGGCGUACCGCCAGGUGCAGCCGCAGCACCAGCAGCAGCAGCAGCUGGCGGAGCUGCGGGCCGUGCUGGGGGAGGUGGAGCGCGCCUUUGUGGAGCUCGAGGCAUGGCUGGGGGACCAGUACAUCGCUAUUAAAGCCAACCAUCUUGGGUUCGCUGUGAUCAAGUAUUUUCUAGAGGAUGGGACCUCAUGGGCCACGGCACCUCCUGUCAGGGGUCUGCGGGACUCGGCUCUCGAGCUCAUGCACCCUCUCGUGGCCGUCCAUGCUGAGGUGCACGUGGGGUGCCGGCCAUUCGUGGACAAGGCCAUCAACACGCUGGCAGAGGGGCUCAUGGACGCGCUGCAGCAAGUGGCGUACCAGCAUGAGGACCUGCAGCGCUUAGAUGCCAACGCCUUCUGCCAGCUCUCGGUGGAGCUGGACUACUUUGAAACCGUGCUGCACCCCUUCUCAUCCCCGGCCUUGGAGGAGAUCCUCUUCCAGCUGCGCGAGAUGCUGCUGCAGCGCACCCUGCAGACCCUGCAGCAGGAGGCAGCUCGCCCCGCCAACGCACGCGCGAGAGCGGACAGCGAGGACAGAGAUGGCCUGCCCCAGACUGCUGCUGACCUCAAGGUGAUGGCGGACGACAUCAGCUCGGGCCUGCUGCCCUACGAGCUGCGCCGCACCAAGGUCAACGUCUUCUGCUUCACAGGCAAGGUUCAGAUAGACCCUCCCCCAGAAGAGCCCCAAGUGGUGGAGGUCCUCCCUGCCCGCCCCGCCGCCCCUCCUGCCGUCUACACCCCCAACUCCGCCCCGCCCCCGUCCGUCAACACCCCGAGAGGCAACCCCGGAAACCUGAACCGGACGUUUUCGGGGUCGAGUUCUGGGUCGAGUGCAGUGUACAGUCAGCAGUCUGGUAGCAGUGCCCGGCGGCAGAGUAAUUUGUCGGCGGACCGCCAGGGAGCGACGGGGAGGGGUAGGGGUGAGGAAGGGUACCCGCCUAGGACGGGUGCGAGGGGCACGGGGGAGGUGUCAUCUGGGCGCGAAGGGCGGGCUCGUCGAGCCGGUAGUGGCUCGAGGGCUUCUUCCCAGGCGUACUAGUGGCAAGGAAUUCGGGUUAGCUUGUCUUGAGGCCUAAUUAACAUUUGUCUUCAAAGUUGUGUGAUGUGCAAUAGCUUUGUAUAUGUUACAACAUUGAGAUGAAAUUGAACCAUGGCUUUGGUUUCAGGGCUGUAAGUUAGGAGUUCCUUAGAGAAAUGAACCCCAAGCAAUAUA